UUGAACUUUAACCCCGGAAUAAACUCACAGUAGCAACACACUAGUCCUUAGUAAAAACUAAUACUAUCCGUGAACCUCAGUCCUGCAUGUCUGUGUAAUUUCAUGUUUAAUUUUGCAUGAACGUCACGGUCAUGUUAAGAAGUGUUUUCAGGCGCCUACUCAAAACUAAUCCUGUUGCUGGACAAAGAAGCAUGUCUCAAAGCAGUCUUGCUGGGAAGGUGGCCAUAGUCACAGCCUCUACGGAUGGGAUUGGUCUAGCUACAGCUGAGGCUCUGGGCAAGAGAGGAGCACAUGUGGUGAUCAGCAGCCGGCGCCAGGCCAAUGUGGACAAGGCUGUGGCGCUGCUGCAGAGCCGGAGCGUCCAGGUGACUGGGACUACCUGUAAUGUUGGCAUUGGAGAGGACAGAGAAAAACUGGUUAAAAUGACCUUAGAUAAGUGUGGGGCCAUCGACAUCCUUGUAUCCAAUGCAGCAGUCAAUCCUUUUUUUGGAAACAUCAUGGACUCCACUGAGGAUGUCUGGGACAAGAUCCUUUCUGUAAAUGUGAAAUCAGCUUUUCUCCUGACCAAGCUGGUGGUGCCUCAUAUGGAAAAGAGGGGAGGAGGAAAUGUGGUAUUUGUCUCAUCGGUUGCUGGAUACCAACCGAUGCAUGCUUUAGGUCCGUACAGCGUGAGUAAAACAGCUCUGCUGGGUCUGACGCGGGCACUGGCUCCUGAGCUCGCUCACAGCAACAUAAGAGUCAACUGCGUGGCCCCUGGUAUUAUCAAGACCCGCUUAAGCGCUGCGUUAUGGCAAAAUGAGGCCAUCAUGGAUGAGUUCAAAAAGCAACUGAGUAUUAAAAGAAUCGGAGAGCCCAAGGAAAUCGGUGGGGUGAUUGCCUUCUUGUGCUCUGAGGAGGCUUCCUACAUCACUGGAGAGACCAUCACAGUUACUGGAGGGAUGAGCAGUCGACUGUGAACCUCUAGACACAACAAAACCUUGGCUUAAUUGUGUUUGUUUCUUGAUGUUUAUAAUAUCAAGAAGUUGUGGUACAAUAACAACAAAUCAUUAAGUACAUGUUCUGUGAAAAGAAUUUGAACCAGAAACAAGCUCCUUGUCCUAGAAUGGGAGCAACAACUCUAAUAAUUUCCAGGUAGUUCCUUUCAUGUAGUUGUUUUGAUAAACGUCAUACUACCUAAAUAAAGGUUCCCAUUCAAUCAUUUUCACAAGCACUAGAUAAUGAAAGGUUAAAUAUAGAAAUGAGGCACAAACAAACUAGUUGGAUGUUAAUGAAAACAUCUAGCGGACAUAAUGUAUUAGUUGGAUGCCAGAAAUAGAUCAAAGGUGAAUUACAGUAAACACUAGACACUUUUUUUGUACUGCAAAGUAAAGCGCUUUAUUAAUAUUACAUAUAGCUUAUUUGUAACAUACACAUCAGACACACAUUAUUUGGUCUUUAAAUAUGACUGUCCUCAUAAUCAGUCAGUGACAUUUGAUGGCUUUUGUGAUAAGUUAAAAUCAAUUCCAUAUAACAAUGACAUUAUAAAUCGGAACAACAACCAGAAUAGUCCUCAGCAUUUCAGCGUAGCCUAAUUGAGGUCAUCUAGCGUUGACCAGUCAUGGAGGUAGAAACAUCAUCUGCGUUUACUGCUGCGCUGCAUUUUUGCAGGUUUCCAGAAUUCCCUGAGUGUGGGAAUAUACGUGCCAUGUCUGGUCCUGUAGUAGCGCUUCAUAAACAGCUGAGGGAGACAGAGUCUGCAUGAACGCUUCACUGGUCACUGUGUAACCCUUCCUCUACAGGGCACAAACACCCUGUGCUGUACAUAUCUGUAUAUCAUUGAGACAAUAAACUGAUUUUUAUCUAAUGCA